GUGGGAGAGAAGGGACGGCGGAAGGAAGAGGAACACAGAUCCAGCCAGACUCGUGGUGUUGUUGGUGAAUAGCAGCAGCGGCGGCGGCGGCGGCAAGAGGGCAUUUAUCACGCAGUGUUAACUCGCGCACAGGCACGCCACACGUUAGCAGUCAGCGCACACAAGGGUAGCCCCCACACACCCCACCCCCGGGUUGGAGAACACUGCAGCAGUGAUCACACACCCACCACCACCACACACACACAAAGCAACAACAACGACGACAGGAAGCUACAACACAGCGCAAGAGUGUGCCACACAAACAGCACUGCAGUUGGAACGUUGCUGCGACAUCGCAUCCGUAGAGGCGGGCAACAACAGCAGCAGCAGCAGCAACAGGGAGGCUCAACAUUCUACACCACCAUCACCAACCAUCAGCGGCAGCAGCAGCAGCUAUUAUUCUAGCAGACAGGCGUGUUGGCUUCCCUGCAACCUGUUUUUUUUUCCCCCCUCCUCUCUCUCCGUCUUCAUCCGCUGGCGUCGUGCAUUUUGAAUAUUUUGCGGCCGGUGCCAUUUGCGUGCAGCACUGCGCGUGGCACGGGGUUGGUGGUGGUGGUGGUGGAGUGGGGGGCCGCUCUGGCCACUUCGCAACCGCGGUGGUAGCAGGAGUUGAGAGAAAGGCCGAAGGGAAGGGAGAUUUGUGGGGUUUAAUUGUUACAUUGCGAGGGGUGGGGUGCCUGCAGACAAAGAGAUUAGGACGGAGGAGGAGGAGAUCAUCGCGAGCUAGGUGGGGGGGGGGGGCAGCAGGAGACCAACAGAGCGAGGUUGCUCCUGAGUUGGAUACCGGUGAAGCCGAGCAAGCACAACAACAACAACUUCACCAUCACAACAACACAACACAAGCGGCAUGGCGAUGGCAUCGUUUGCCACGGCGAGGGGACAGGUAUACCUGGGCGAGCUGCCACACGACUUCCUGCGGAUUUCCCCCACGGCUGAGCAGCAAGCCGCCCGACCCAACGAGCUCGCCCGCCCCAUGCUGCCCCUUGGUCGGCUCAGCAUAACAGUGAUGCAGGCCAGGCUGGUGAAGAACUAUGGAGUGACGCGCAUGGACCCGUACUGCCGUAUCCGGGCGGGUUACGCUGUUUGCGAGACUCCCACAGCCCAGAACGGAGCCAAGAACCCCCGCUGGAACAAAACCAUCCACUGCAAUAUACCCCCGGGGGUUGACUUCUUCUACCUGGAGAUAUUCGACGAGAGGGCCUUUUCCACCGACGACCGCAUAGCCUGGGCACACAUCCCCAUCGCUGAGCACGUCAAGCGGGGCGAGACGGCCGAUGAGUGGUUCCUGCUUAGCGGCCGCCAAGGAGAGGACAAGGAGGGCACUAUUAACCUGCUCCUACAAUACACGAUGGUGCAGCCCCAGCCCCAGGAAACUCUACAGGCUUACUACCAAUCUGCUGGCUACAUCCCAGUGGCAGUUGGCGAGGUGGUGGUGGUGCCUGGCGGCGAUGCAGCGGCCCAGCCCCCAUCGGCCCCACCGCAGACGGCGCCCGCGCCAGACACGGAGGUGCAAGCGCUGCGCGAGGUGUUCCCGGGACUUGAGCCCGAGCUGGUGCGCUCUGUGCUGGAGGCGCAAGGCGGUAACCGGGAGGCCGCCAUCAAUGCUCUGCUCCAGAUCAGCAACUAAGAGGACGCAAGCCAAGAUGAUCAAGUCUUGAGUUUACCGAUCCCAUAAACGGCUUAUCGGCAUGUUCUAUAUUGAUAGGGGUGUGUGCUGUGUCCUUUGGUCAACUUAUAUCAACAAAUCCUUCGUCAUGGGAGAGUUCUGCGCCUGUGUCAGGUGCCGAUAUUCUUUUGCUAUCAGUUUUAAAUCUCUGCUCCCUUAAAGUGUAACAUGUCAGUAUCACCACUCACACUUUUUCCUAAAUGGUGUGAUUGUAUAUUGCUUAAGCUGUCCAUAAGCCGAGGGUUUUCAUGGUAAUGUGACAAGCACUGGAUAAACUUGUAUGGUGCAUGGUUGGCAGUAUGUGACCUUUUAGUGUUAGGCACGAUGUGGCUGUAUCCCAGGACAGGUUUCAAUGGCUACAAAAACACCACCGAGUGAGCAGAUACAUUUUAAUGGCAUUUUAAACCUAACGGUACUGUUAUAUACUUUAAAAUGGAUAUCUGAAGGGCAGAUUCAACCCUUUGAAGUGAUUUUUUUACAGGUCCUUACAGUUCUAUUUGCACAUCAAGCAGCCAUUUAUAUCGUUUAACAUUUGUUGGUACAUUCCACAUUUCUAAUUCCUGUUUUGAAUUCGCCAAGAAUGUACUGCCAUGCAUUUCUGUAUUUUCAUAGAUACCUGGGUGUGCAGUGUUUUAAAUUAGCCUCUGGAUGAUAUUUAAUACCCUGUAAUGGUAAAACCAGCUUAAAGUACAGACAAGUAUUUACCUUAAAAAGAUACCUAAAUGCUAAUACUUUUUUAGUACUACUGUGAAAUUGUAAUAUAUUAAGGGGUUUGAAAAAGCGUGCAUCUGUAUACUAGUAUUUGAAAAUUGUAUAGCUUCAAUCCUGUUAAUCACUUUUUCGUCACUUGACUGGAGUGUAUAAUGUGAAACUCAUACAUGCCAAGAAACCAAUUUUCACCAGCUUGCUUAGAUAUUGUAAAUAUUUGACGAUAUAUACUGUAUAUGGAUUCUUAUUAAGCAUUUGUUUUUACAAAAUGUUAAAUUAGCAGCCAUUUAAGAAACAAACCUCAUAUGAACCCAAUUGCCAGCAGUUUCAGAGUGCACAGUAAUGUGCAUGUCUUCAUAGGUUGGUUUACUGUUGGGGAAACCCACUUGUUUACAUGUUUUUAUAAUGCUCUCUUUUAGAGACAGCAAAACUAUCGUAUCUCACUUUAACAACAGCAAAUAACUAUUUGAAAUGGGUUGUACCUUGUACUGAAUACCGUUUUGUUUUCAAAGUAAUGACAUCUUCAUUAAAAUGAACAGAAAUAUGCUCAUUGGGUCGACCCUCAAGGUCUUGUGUUCACCCAUGUUAUCAAUGAAGUUAGGAACUUAACCCUUGUGGUGCAGUUUUAUAAAGUGGGAAGCAAUGUCUUUAAAAAUAAAACUGAAUUUCAAUAUUGAA